AUGUACUUCGACGGUUGCGACGGCGUCGAGGUGCGCGACGUGACGCUCAAGGACUCGGGCUUCUGGAACCUGCACGUCUACCGUUGCAAGGGCGUCGUGCUCGAAGGCGUCACGAUCACCGCGCCGCACGGCGACCCGCCGAAGAUCACCGGCGACGCGCAGCCGUGGGACGAGGUCUCGAUCGAUCGCGCGCCGAGUUCCGACGGCAUUGAUGUCGACAGCUGCCAGGACGUCGUGAUCCGUCGCUGCACGAUUUCGGUCGGCGACGACUGCAUCGCCCUGAAGGGGACCAAGGGGCCGCUGGCGAUGGAGGACGCUUCGAGUCCGCCGGUCGAGAAUGUCGUCGUUGAGGACUGCGACUUUCAGAGCGGCCACGGCGUGCUGACCUGCGGCAGCGAGGCGACGAUCGUCCGCAACGUCGUCGUCCGCGACUGCCGCGUCGGGCCGGCGAUACCGCUGGUGCGGCUCAAGCUGCGCCCGGACACGCCGCAGUUGUAUGAGAACCUCGUGUUCGAGCGGAUCACCCUCGACGGCGCGCAGGCGAUCUUCGACGUCAAACCCUGGACGCAGUUCUUCGACCUCCAGGGCGCCGAGCCGCCAAAGUCGGUGGUCCGCGACGUCGUCGUCCGUGGCCUGCGCGGCACGGUGCGGUCGCUCGGCGAGCUGCGCGGCAACGAGGGGGACGAGAUCAAGAACGUCACGCUAGAGGACAUCGAGGUCGAGGCGCGCGGCAGCCGCCUCCGUGUUGGCGAUGUCGAAGGACUUGUCUUCAAGGACGUGGUCGUCAACGGCGUCCCCUACGAAGCGGAAGGCGUCGCUGUUGCGUUGGUGCUGGCGUCGAUGAUCACUGCGGCGCGCUCGGCGGAGUGGUACGUCUCUCCCGCGGGGAGCGACAGCAACACGGGCGCGAUCGAUUCGCCCUUUGCGUCGAUCGCCCGCGGCCAGCAGGCGGCGUCGCCCGGCGACACGGUCUGGCUCCGCGGCGGCGAGUACCGUUACUCCGGCACGACCGGCAGCGCCAACGCGGUGCUCUUCAACAAGAGCGGCGCCGCCGGCGCGCCGAUCCGGUAUUUCGCCUACCCGGGCGAGACGCCGGCGUUCGACUUCUUCGAUUACCAGCCCGUCCAGCGCAUCCGCGGCUUCAGCGUGCAGGCCGACUGGCUUCACUUCCGCGGCAUCGAGAUUCGCGGCGUGCAGCAGGUGAUCACCAACGUGAACGAGUCGUGGGCGAUCCGCGUCGAGAACCGCGCGGACAACAACGUCUUCGAGCGGCUCAACCUGCACCACAACGAGGGCCCGGGGCUGUUCAUCGCCGACGGCGGCAACAACCUCGUGAUCAAUAGCGACUCCCACAACAACUACGACCCCGACCGCGGCGGCGAGAACGCCGACGGCUUCGGCAGCCACUCGAACGACCCCGGCAACCGCUUCGUCGGCAACCGCGCCUGGAACAACAGCGACGACGGCUUCGACUUCAUCAACUCUCCCGCGCCGGUGGCGCUCGAGGACUCGUGGUCGUGGCGCAACGGUUACAUCCCGGGGACGCUCACCCCGGCGGGCAACGGCGCCGGCGUCAAGGCGGGCGGAUUCGGUCUCAAUUCGGCGACCUUCCCAGCGCCCGGCAGCGUCCCGCGCAACCUCAUCGAAGGGAACCUUUCAUUCAACAACCGCGCGCAGGGCUUCUACGCCAACCACCACCCGGGCGCGAUCGAGUGGAUCGGCAACACGGCGUUCGGCAACCCGCGCGGCUUCGACCUUCUGAACGACGUCGAGCCCGAGACUUGGCCCGCCGAGCACUACCUGCGGAACAACGUCUCGUACGGCAACAACCAGAAUCUGAUGAACGCCAACGGGACGCUGAUCGACGACGAGAACAACACCUGGAACCUACGCGCGGUCACGGCGGACGAUUUUCUCAGCACGACGCCCAGCGGGGUGGACUCCCCUCGGCGGGCGGACGGAUCGCUGCCGGUGAUCGACUUCAUGCGGCUGGCGCCGGGGAGCAAUCUGAUCGACGCCGGCGCCGCGCUGGGCCGGCCGUUCAACGGACUGGCGCCCGAUCUGGGGGCGUUCGAGUCGGGCUUCGCCGGCGACUUCAACGCCGACGGCAGGGUAGACGCCGCCGACUACACGUUCUGGCGCGACCGGCUCGGCCCGGUCUACUCGGCGACGGACUACGCCGUCUGGGUCGCGAACUACGGCACGCUGCAAGCGUCGAUCCCAGCGGCGGCGGUCCCCGAGCCGGCGUUCGGGGCGGCGAUCCCGCUGCUGGCCAUCGUCUGCCGCUGCGGACGGCCGAUCCGCUAG